AUGGCAUCAAUUAUCCCCCGAACCUUCCGCAAUGUCACCGCCCUCCCCAAGAGGGUCAAUUGGUCCAUGGGCAUGAAGCCUCUUGCGCCACCAAUGGCUUGUCGCUUCAUGGCGACAUCUCAAGAGCAGCCUCGCCUACGAUUGGGAUCAACCGCCCCCAACUUCAAGGCUCUUACCACCCAUGGGGAAAUUGACUUCCACAAGUUCAUCGACAACAGCUGGACAAUCCUCUUCUCUCACCCCGCAGACUUCACACCAGUUUGCACAACCGAGCUGGGUGCUUUUGCCAAGAUGAAGGGCGAGUUUGAGAAGCGAGGAGUCAAGAUGAUCGGCCUGAGCGCCAACGAUCUCAGCUCCCACGACAAAUGGGUCGAGGACAUCAACGAAGUCUCAAACACAAACCUCCAAUUCCCCAUCAUCGCUGACGCCGACCGCAAAGUCGCUUUCCUCUACGACAUGAUCAACGAAGAAGACAUGGACAAGCAAGCCAUCGCCUUCACCAUCCGCUCCGUCUUCGUCAUCGAUCCCGCCAAGAAGAUCAGACUUACAAUGAUGUAUCCUGCAUCUACAGGACGUAACUCUGCCGAGGUUUUGAGAGUUAUUGAUAGUUUGCAGAUGGGCGAUAAGAAGGGCAUCGCUACGCCUAUUGAUUGGCAGAAGGGUGAUGAUGUGAUUGUUCCGCCUUCGGUUAGUACCGAGGACGCGAGGAAGAAGUUUGGAGAUGUCAGGGAGGUCAAGCCUUAUUUGAGGUUCACCAAGGCCUAG